AGCGGGGCGGGCUGCUGAUCGCGUUUCGCGUGCGCGGCGCGUGGUGGCAGCCGGGGCCGGCGGAGCGCAGAGCGGAGACACCGGCGGGGCGGGCUGAGCCGAGCCGAGGAGGCGCCGUGCCCUUCCCUCCCUCCCUCCUUCCUUCCUUCCGCGCUCUCACUUGUUGCUUUACACCCGGACUUCUGCAGAAGGCACUUCUUCAUCGCGUCCUGCUCGAGGUUCCUGUGAGCUGUGGCAAGUCCGAGGUCAAGGAGAAGCAGUGGCAAAACCAGGCGUAGAAGUGAGAACAUCAGAUUCCUGCUUGUCUGACUGAGAAUAAGCUAGGCAAUCUACACAGGGAGACAUCUGAAAAACCUUCCUUAACUGAGUAGGCAUCAUUGAAGGGGUGGCCAUUAUUGCUGUGGGACAUCAAACGCUACUUCCAAUUGCACCGUGUGUACCAUCUGUAAAACCACCAGUCACAAUCCCUUCUUUGCCAGCUGCACAGAGGCCACCCAGUCAACAGGGAUCCUGCUGGGCACUCUGAACUCACAUUCCUGCAUCAGAGGCUUCAAUAGAGUAUAUUGAAAGGCAGGCAGCAAAAGCAGAGAACUGAAGAGGUGCAGUAUGGCUCACAACUGCCUGCAGUGUAUCAAGUACCUAAUGUUUGUCUUCAAUCUUCUCUUCUGGCUGGGAGGCUGUGGAAUCCUUGGAGUGGGCAUCUGGUUGGCAGUUACUCAAGGGAACUUUGCCACUCUCUCUUCAUCUUUCCCAUCACUGUCAGCUGCCAACCUGCUGAUUGUCACAGGAACUUUUGUCAUGAUCAUUGGCUUUGUGGGCUGCAUAGGUGCCAUCAAAGAAAACAAGUGCCUCCUGCUGAGUUUUUUUAUCAUGCUGUUAAUUAUAUUUCUGUUGGAGCUCACCGUUGUGAUUCUGUUCUUCGUCUACACAGACAAGAUUGACAAGUAUGCUCAGCGGGAUCUGAAGAAAGGGCUUCAUUUGUAUGGGACAGAUGGAAAUAUCGGCCUAACUAAUGCGUGGAGCAUCAUUCAAACAGAUUUCAGAUGCUGUGGAGUCUCUAACUACACCGACUGGUUUGAGGUGUACAACACAACCCGGGUGCCGGACUCCUGCUGCCUGGAAUUCAGCGAGAACUGUGGGCUCCAUUCCCCAGGGACCUGGUGGAAAGCGCCUUGCUACGAAACAGUGAAAAUAUGGCUCCAGGAAAACCUACUAGCAGUGGGGAUCUUUGGAUUGUGCACAGUACUGGUGCAGAUUCUCGGACUCACCUUUGCAAUGACCAUGUAUUGUCAGGUAGUCAAGGCAGACACCUACUGUGCAUAGAUGCCAUUCCCAGUCUUUUUGCUUCUCCUCCAAAGGACACAGGAGAAAACUCCUUCAUGCUCAUUCUUCUGACCUUUUUUUUCCCCCCUUUGUAUUAUAAACUGUGUAUACUGCUAUCUUUCUGGAGAUUUUGUGAAUCACCCCAUUUUAUUGAAGGAGGAAGAAAAGAAAGAAUCAGUACUUGAACUGGCACAGGUAAGAAGCAGCCUUGUCUUUGAACAGAAGAAAAUCUGCAAACAGCGAGGGUUCCUUUCCUGUGGCCUAUGGCAAAGCAAAGGGAGGCUGCUGAUGAGGGGCUCAUCUGCAAACCAGCGUUAGGAAAAGACUGCACUGACACAACCUCUGUGAAACCUGCCAGGUCGCCUUCCAGCAUUUCAGUCUGGAAGAGAAGGUGUAGAAAAUGUUCUUCAUCACGGAAGGAAGGUACAGAGUAGCUCGCGCUGGAUGCAGGUGUAAUUUUACUACAGUUUGCACACAGCUAAAAUGUCAAGAGCAAGCAGCCUUUGCUCCAAGUCUCUCGAGAUGAUUUUGUAGCCAGGAUCAUCUGCAGAAAUAUGUUCUUUUAAAGGAGUAUUUUUAAUUUCAUGUGCUGCAAAGUCAGGCUUUUAAUCUGAAUCUGUACAGUAAGAUCUGGCUGUUAAGAGAAAACAAUAUUGAACAGUUAUUAAUUGCCAGUGGCAUAUAGGUGAUAGUUGACUGAAUAUGUAAUAUAUGGUAGAUUCAUGUACACACACUGUUCUGAAAGGAGGUGAAAAUAACCAGCAUCUAAUCUCACAAAGUGGGAACCUUUCUAUCCCAUUUCACAUUCCAACUGAAAUAACCAGGAAGGACUUAUUGUAGGAGGCACUAUCGUUUAUACCUUUGGGAAACAAGUAAUUACUUUCGGCUGUAUCUUCAUUUCAGUAAACAACUUGUGAGUGGGCUCCUCAGUCAUUCUACUAUGAUUUUAUUCUUUAUCAUCUCUGUUUCAAGUUAGCCUGCCAAAAAAUAUCACUCAUUUCCAUGCCUGAAGAUUUGUACUAUGCUGUCAGCUGUCCCUUCUCUAAAUGUCACCAUUUCAUUAAUUUACUCUGGAAAAAUCAUCAUCUGCAGGUAUGAUAGAGUUCUCCUUGCUAAGAAUCUUUGCACAUUGCUCAUUUUUCCAAGAGUUAUUAUGACGUGGGGUGUUUUUAUGCUUAGCAGGUUUUUUUUUCAGCUGUGUGCUUGCAACAGCCAAGGCACAUCAGUCUUUGUUAGAACUGAAGUCAUCUCACAUUUGUGCUUUUCAUACCCAUCUUCCUCCUCCUGGCUUCAAAGGCUGUUGGCUACAAAACGCCCACAUGUUAUGAGCCAACCACAGUGCCCUGUUCUCACAGAAAGCACAGUGCAUCCGUUCUUACUGGGCCAGAGUAGAAGCAUACCUCAAGCUCAGGCACACAAGUUAACCUGUACCUUCAGUGCUUACAACAGCAGGUCUCAGUCACAAGUGACAUUUAGCUUACCUUGAUUCAAGGCAAUUUCCAGCAAUAAUGCUGGCCUUGCCAACCUGCGGUAUUGAACACCUCCUUACCACCAGCAGUAACCCUCCUCUGGACCUGCACCACUGAUGAGUCUGACUCUCACUUAUGCCCCCUUUCAUGCAUCAGCCCCUGCAGCACAGGAUAUUUCACUGUGCAAAAUAGAGUGAAAGUAAUGCACUACUUGUGUAUAUGUUAUGUGGCUUCCUAAUCACAUGCUAUCAUAGCAGCCUCACUGCUAGUAAAGGCUUUUAUUAUGAUGCCAGCAAGCCAGAAAUGUUAACAGAGCACAACCUGUGACUGAAGCUAAACAGUGAGUAUCCCAGUGAGUACACAGACAAUCUGUGCCUUGAGCAAGACUUACUUGUGGAGUUGUAAUCACAACAGGCUUGAUGCUCUCUGCUUCUUGAGCCCAGGCUGGCCUGUCAACAGUUGCACUCUUGGAGCAAUGGAGUUGUCUCCUUUCCUUUCUCUCUCAUUUUUCUUAACUGCAGAGAAACAAUUGUAGCCUAGAUGAACCAUGUGUGAGUUUUUCCCAUGAUUCUUAGUUUGUACUCACUGUUUGUUUCUGCUGACAGCGCUCAGUUUCCAGCACUGAAAAGCAGCGUAACAGAAUGAUGAACACAUUAAUAAAACAAGGAUUUUUUAAAAGAAAGAUAAAAGUAGACAAGUCUAUCUGUAGUGAUCCCAGCCAUUAAAAAUUAACAGAUUGACAGCAGGCCUGAUGGCUCAACUGGUAAGAGCAAACCCUUGUGCAACAGAGCUUCUGCAGAGGGCAGUGCUCAUCAGUUUGCCUGAUGGUGGUGCAGGGAGAAGACAUCACAGGCCUCACGCUGUGAGACUCCCAAUAAUGCAUGCCAAACUCUUAGAGCAGACUGCUAGGCAGACUUUCAGCUACACCUACAGAAAUAAAAACACAAAAAGAGAAACAGAGAAGACACAUUGCAUUUUCUGGUUCCCUCUAAUCGUGUGCCACACUUUAGGCAUCCUUGCAACAAGACAAACUGCCUCAUUUUUCAGAAACAUUUACCUACAGACAGUAUGAACGGCAUUCACUUUGUAAAUCCCAUUGCAACAGCAGCACCUACUGAAAAACAAAACCAAAACUCACUGCCAGCAGAGGUGCUUGUGCAACUUAUCACUAGUUUGAACUGGACUGUUUUCUAUAUUUGAUGUUAUUAACUCUCUUCAUACAGGCCUAGCAGAUGUUAUGGUGCUUAAAGCAUUACCAGCACAAUCCAAUUUCAGACUUCUGAACAUACUGACUAUAACGAGCCUCAGCUUUUUCAGAUUUCUUUUCAAGAGCAUUACAUCCUUUUCCUCCUGAUGAGGUCAAACUGUUUGGUGAUGUGUAACAGCAGCUAUUUUUUAUUUUUCUUCUAAAAAGCAAAACCAGAUUGUUCCAUAUUAUGUAUAAAAGUUGACAUUGAACUGGUUGAUUAUAAUUACCUUGUAGUACAUAAUGCCUGUUUAAAAGAAUGCUCAUAGUGCAUUUAUGCAUAGUAACACAGAAGUCAUUCCAGUUGCUUCCUUUUGUGUUUUUGUCACUUUCAUAGUAAGGUCUUUUAUAUUACUUGCACUUGUUUUUAAAUGUGAAGGAGGACUCAAGACAUUUAAAGACAGAACCAAAGGCAACAAAGAGCACAAGGCAGAGAACUCCUCAUUUAAACUCCUUGCUCUUUCUGCUUAAAAACAAGAUGUGAAGGCAUAGGGUACACAGCUGGACCUACUGAAUGCAGCAAGACCAGGAUUUAGCUUUUAGAGUCAGUCCAAAAUAAUUCUGGAUUUUCAUCUUCAUAAUUAUGAGAAAUAUAUAUAUAUAUAUUUAAGAAAAUGUUUUUUAUUUUCCUGCACAGCAACUGUCAGCAGCAGCCAAAUCGUAUUGCUUGUACCACAGAAUUAUUUAGCUCUAACAUAUUAUAAUGCACAAUCACUGACGUUCACUCCAGUUUGUGUUCUAUGAGUAUUCCUUUACUCCUCCCCCUCAAAUCACAUCAACUCGUACAGGUUUAUGCUUCCAUUUAAUAAUUACCAUUUGAAUGCAGCAUUGUAUGUAUGAUUUGUAAAACAAAGAGAGGAAGAAACUCAGUCGGAGUUGUACAAAUACAUUUUCCAGCAUCAGCAGUCUGGCUGCAGUGUGAAUCCACCCAGCCCCUCACUGCUCACAAGCUGAUCUCCAUUUACCCAUUAGAGUCCUUCCUGCACGUGGCUUCAGGCUGCUUGCUCCCCCAUUCAUAGGCAGGACAGGAGGUUGUCAGCAUGGAAGAAGUUAAUGCCCUUCACUUACCACUGGGCUUCAUUGCUGUGCUCGAUAGAAAUGUGGCACCGAAGGUAAGCAGGAAAAAAUAAAAGCAUUGAUUGUGGCAUUUAUUUUAAAACCCAACUUGUUAUUAACUUUGUCCACAAGGAUUUGUGCUACGUGUGAAUGAUCUUCAUAGCUACUUAGGAAAUUCAUAGUAAGAAAACAAGUCAGGACUCGCUAUGGGAAAUUGUGUUUGGAUUCCAUUGUGAAUUCUUAGAUUGUCACCCGUAUCCUACCACAGCGGGCAGAUCUCAGCUCCUUGGGUUUUGUCACUGCAACUAUUAUACAUUAUAUACAAUUAUACAUUUUUGUGCAUUCAUAUACAGAACAAAAUUGAAAAUAUACAUUUUAUUUUUAAAAAAACUAUUAAAUAUUCUUUAAACUUUACAA